GAUUGAAUGAAAGCAAUCAGGAAGGCACCGUGAAAUUGAAACGACACCGUUCUCAUUUAUUCCAACGUUCAACAUCUUCGUUGUUUCCGUCCACCAUAGUCUAGACUGACACUUCGCCGGAGAAUUUCGCUCUUCUUUCUCCUUCCCUCCACCAUAAGCACCCCCGCCGAAGCCACAAAAGCUGGAAAGUGAUGGAAGAAAGAAGCUUGCGGUUUUCUUUCAGAUUCGCAGUGCUACUAAUCUAUGUGUAUGCUUCAAUAAGAGUCGCCUCUGCUUCAAUUCACGAGUACAGAAAGGAGCACUUCAUUCCAAAGUCCAACGCCUUCUUCUUCCACGGAGGCACUGAAGGACUCUUUGCCUCCAAGCUCGACCAGUCGUCUGCUAAUAUGUCCAUAGAUAAACCCCUUAAAGGAAAAUCUUUCAUAAGGUUUGAAGAUAUUACCUUUGUGAGGACAAAAGAAUCGAUUGAUAGUAGAAGUGCCAUGCGGAGUAAAAAUGGUCUGGUUGAGGCCAUCAUUCUUGAGGUGAAAGACAGAGAAAGAAUCGGAGGCUCAUUUUCAAAGUCUAAUGCUAUAUGUUGCACUAAAGAACUUGCUGAUGAAAAAUUAUGUCCUGUAGGAGAGGUUGUGAUUCAGAGAAAUCCUGACAACCCAGAGUGGCCAAAACGCAUCCAGAUAUUUUUCGAAGGAGAUCACCAAGAAGCUAAAAUGGAUCCUCAAUCUGUUGAAAUAAACACUACGGGCAUGUACUAUCUCUAUUUCAUGUAUUGUGAUCCCCAACUACAGGGUACAGUCAUGAGCGGAAGAAGUGUGUGGAAAAACCCUGAUGGUUAUUUGCCUGGGAAAAUGGUUCCCUUAAUGACCUUCUAUGGAAUUGCAUCCUUGGCUUAUCUCGUGCUUGGAUUAUUCUGGUUUGUAAAGUUUGUCCAGUACUGGAAGGAUGUCAUUCAAUUGCAUUCUCAUAUCACAGUAGUUAUUGCUCUUGGCAUGGUAGAAAUGGCUCUCUGGUACUUCGAGUAUACAAAUCUCAAUUCAACAGGAAAAAGGCCUAUGGGAAUCACACUCUGGGCUGUUACAGUUAGUGCAGUAAAGAAGACCUUGUCCCGUUUGCUUCUUUUGAUGGUCUCCAUGGGAUAUGGUGUUGUCAAGCCUACACUUGGUGGUGUCACCUCUAAAGUAUAUCUUUUAGCUCUGGUGUAUUUUAUUUCAUUGGAGGCACUCGAACUUGUUGAACACUUAGGCAACAUCAAUGACUUCUCAAGAAAAACUAUAUUAUAUUUAGUAUUGCCUGUCGCGUUCUUGGAUGCCUGGUUUAUUUUGUGGAUUUUUUCAUCAUUAUCUAAAACACUGGAAAAACUUCAGGUGCGCAAGAGCAUUGCAAAACUGGAUCUCUACAGAAAGUUUACCAACUCCCUUGCAAUCUUUGUUCUACUCUCCAUAGCUUGGGUUGGCUUUGAGCUAUACUUCAAUGCAAGUGACCCGUUAAGCGAGUUAUGGCGAUUUGCUUGGAUAAUUCCUGCUUUUUGGACACUCAUAGCAUUAUCGUUACUGGUGGUCAUAUGUGUUCUUUGGGCUCCCUCACGCAAUCCUACCAGAUAUGCGUACUCUGGGGAGGCCGUAGAUGACUUGGAUGAAGAGGCUAUUUCACUGACAAGCGCGGUGAGGGUAGUUGGCGAAUCCGGAACGAAGUUUGAAAGGAAGGAAAAGAAGGGGUCCACCUCAACUGACCACAUAGCAGAACGAGAGGAUCUCGAAGAGGACAAGCGAGAAUAGAUGGCAACUUACACUUACACCCACCAUGCCUUAUGAAGAAUCAUUUUCUUGCGACCAAGAUAUAAAAAUGUGGUACAGUUGUACAUUGAAACCUCAUAGACAGAGUUUUUAUCUCCAGAGUUAGAAGUUGAAUAAGGGUCUGAUCAUCAUCUUUUAAAGGCUCUUGUUAUUCUCUUGUGAGAUUAAAACUCGAAGUGUACAUUAAAUGUCAUUCACCGAGCGCAACAAAUUAUUGGUCAGGAGUCAGGACUUGUGAUUAAGCUGCCAGUUUUUAAGACUUCAAGAACUAAUGAACUGACAAACAAAAUUGAUCAAAAUUGGCCAGUAAACUGAAAU